UUCCGCACCGCCAACGAACGUACAUAAACGUAAAUUUUAUUUACAUAACAUUACGUGCACGAUUAUACCGUAGGUAUAUACCGUUUCGUUUAUCAGUACACCGCCGUAAAAACUUGUGUUCCGCCGACCAUACCGGUUGACACGGUAUCGCCACCGCCGUGGACGAAGAGCCGAAUUCGUGUGCGGGUGUUCGGCAGUAGUCUUCCGUACGUGGUCCCGAACACGUCGGCGCAACGUUUCCGUUUACGUCCGUUUCUUCGUUUUCAAAAACGAUAACAAUUAUCUGUUGGCGCACGGGAAACGAAUACCGCACGAAUGAUCGAAUGAUCGACACGUAUCUUUACGUGCCAUGACGCCGACGUCCUUCUACGGUUCAUAUUAAAGAUAAUUCAUAAAUUCCUAAAUGGAUGGAGUCCAGAGAAAUUUCAAUAUGAUGGCUGAGAAAAUCGACAGAAUGCGAUGUUUAAGGGAACGAUGCGAAAAUUACGUCAGACUAAUAAAACUAACACUCGAUGAAACAAUACAAGAACAAAAUUCAAUUUUGAAUGGAUCGGCUAUUCACAAUAGGCUUAAAUACCUCGGCUUAAUGGAUAAUUCUAAACCUUCAUCAAAUACGCUUAGUUUUAAUAAAAUGUAUCCUAAAAAAAUAGAUUUUGAUAACAAAUACAAAUAUUUAGUAUUUGAUGACCAUAUAGAUACCAGGAAACGUAUAAAUAAAACUAACUUAUACGCAAAUGAUAUGUAUUCAUCAAAUAACUACAAUGACUUCCGUCCAAAUAACAAACCACAAAUUCGUCACUAUUCGUCCGCAGAUUUUGAUACUUACAAUAGUGCAUAUUAUAUGCCAAUAAGUUCUAAAAAAUAUAAUAAAGCUAUGAACUUCUACACUCCAAAUUGUCAAGAAUACCAAGUGUAUUACUUUCCUACAUCAAAACCUAUUGCUCAAUAUCCACGACACACCACAGAGCAAUUUUACAAACGAAGACCUGUUCAACAAUAUCCAGAAGAAGAAGUCCCUUAUUGGCCUACACGAUAUCCAAAACCAGUAAAAAUUAUCGAACGCGAACCAUCUUAUUCGAUGGGUGAUUACAGAUAUCGUAAUACAAUUAAUUACCCUGUUGGUAAUACAAGCUAUGAAUAUUCACCCGAAUACCGUAAAAGGUAUUAUCCAACAAAUGAUAAUUUAACGUAUCCUGGAUAUGAUGAUUAUUAUGAGGCCGAUUUGAGGCAACGAUCAUUUUCCAGUAUAACUAGACCAUGUUCACCAGUUUACAGUCGAGAUAUGUUGUAUGAUAAAACAAAUCUAGGAAAUUCUGGAAGCCUACUUGAAAAAAAAAUCCGAGACUAUGUUUGGAAUCCUCACAAAGAACGGGUGGAAAGAUAUUCGACUCCAAGUUAUGAAAAAAGUACAUAUUAUUCUGAUUUUAAGUCAUUACAAAACAAACGGCAAGGUGAUGAUGUAUUUAAAACACGUUCAUUAAAUUCUCAAGUAAAUAAUCCAAAAGUUGAAUUAACCAAAGAAGAUUUGUAUAGAAGAAACUCAUUUUUGAAGUCACCAGAAAAAAGACUUUUAAAUGACGAAAGUUUCGAUUCACAGAAAGAGGAUGAUUAUUUAGAAAAUAAUUCAUAUAUAAAAAAACCUGAAACAUCCACAAAUGUUUCAAAGCGAAUUAGUUUUGAUCUUGACAGUGAAAAUAUUGAGUUACCUAAUCAUAAAUAUUCAACUGAAGAAAAUACUUACGACAAACCCAUUACACAUGAACGUAAGUUACUUCUAGAAAGAAAAAAUUCAAUUGCAAAACAUGAAAACAAACGCCGAACCUCUUUAUUAUCAAACGACAAUUAUUCUGCUUCGAUGAACAAACAUCGUGCUUUACCAAGUGAUAAACAAGUAAACUCCAGAAGGGAAUCUUUAAAUAAACCAGAAAAACUUGCUUCAAUUGGAAAUUCUUUUGAAUCCAAUAAAUAUUUAAAUUUAAAGAACGAUGUUCAGGAAAAUGAACCAAAUUCGUUAGAAAGUAAUGUACAUAAUAAUUAUAAAGAUAUUGAAAAAGUAGAUUAUGAUCACAAUAACACAUAUCGUGUUCUUAGGCGUAAUAGUAAUAAUAAUGACCGAAGAAAAGUAGUGGAAACAUCUAAGCCACCUCAAGUUGAUUAUCAAGACGAAACAAAAAAUACAUUAAAUAAAAUCAACAAUGUUAACAUUAAUGAUCGAAGAGAAAGCUUCAAAAAUGAGUCAGUAUUGACAAACGAAAAUAUUUCUAGCGGUAAAGUAUAUUCAAAUAAUUCAGACAAUCAGUUAGAUCAAGAAUUUAAUAAUCAACCAGAUAGUAUAAAUGAAUCAUCUAGAACAUUUAUCAACCAAUCCAAAAUUGAUUAUACAAGUGCUAAUAAAUAUAUAACCAACGAACAAGAAACCGGGAACCCCCAACAAUUUAAUAAUAAUGAAAACUACUUAAAAAAUAAUGUUAAAACUAUUCUACCGUAUCAAGUUGAUAAUAAUUCAAAUAAUGAUAUAGAUAUAAUACAAUCCAAUGAACGAGAUAGUUCUGAGUUGAAAACAAUUCCAAUAGAGCAAGGACCAUCACAAGAUAUUGUAAAUGAAGAAUUCACGAUUGAUAAUAGUCAUUAUCAAGAGCAUACAAUACAAAAUCUUGAAAAUCAACCGGACUAUACCGAUGAACACAUCAUAAACGAGAAAAACUAUUAUCCAGAUGGAACCACUGAAAGUAACAAAGAGAUUACAACAAACAAUAACAUUGAACCCAACCAGCAUAAUGAAUUUGUCGAGGAAAAUAAUGUACACGAUGAAAAUAAUUAUUAUUACCAAAACCCUACAGAUGACAGUAAAGAAAAUCCAACACAAAAUCAAUACGAAGAGCCCAACACACAAACAAAUUAUGUUGACGAACAACACGCUGAUGAUGAUUAUUAUUAUCAAAAUAAUUAUUCUAAUGUUGAUCCAAAAGAAUCAAUGCUAGAAAACCAAUACACUCAACCGGAACAUCAAGGAGAAUAUGAUGAACACGAUGACUAUUAUUACCAAAAUCAUGCAAAAGAUGACGGGAAAGAGCAACAAGUGGACCAACAAUAUGUCGAUCCUAACUAUCAGGGAAAUUAUGCCGACCAGCAUUCAGCUCAAGAUGACUAUUAUUACCAAAAUUAUUCUGACGCUAAUCCAAAAGGACAAUCACAAAAUGAAUAUGCCGAUCAUGGUCAACAGGCCAAGUACGUGGCUGAAAAUGUUAAUCAUGAUGAUUAUUAUUAUCAAAAUCGUCCAGAAGAAAAUACUAGUGAAAAUCAUGCCGACCGGCAUUAUGCGGAAUCCGAGCUCCAAGGAAAUUACGUGGACGGGGAGCAAAGGAAUUAUUAUUACGAAGAUAAUUCAAAUGCGAACACAGAAAGGGUUCCGCCCGAGCAGUACGAUGAACACGCGCAACAAGAAAACUAUCCGAACGAUCAGCAUGCGAACGAUGAUUACUAUUAUCAAAAACAAGAUGAACAUUACGAUGGAACCGUUGCCAAAGAGCAGUACGACGGUUAUGUUGGCGAUCAACACGAGACUAAUGCAUCUUAUUAUCCAGAUUCUUCGACCAAUAAUUAUGACCCACAGCAGAACUAUGAAAAUAAUAGUUAUCAAACACAACAAUCGGAGUAUGUAGAACCAUACGAACAGAAUCCUAAUAAUGAAAGAUAUGGUUAUUCUGAUAACGCUGAUGAAAGUCAGUCUAUGAAUCAAUUAUCUAAUGAAGAAACUAAACAAUAAUUCAUCAAACCAACACAAUAAAUAAGCGUUAAAUAGUUAUAUAUAUAUAUAUAUAUCCAAGUAUGAAAUUAAUUAUAAUUUGUGUGAUUAUUUUUGUUCCAUACGAGAAUGUUCUAUGUAGAAAA